AUGCGCGGGCCCUCUGGUCAGCAUCUUUUCGAAUCAGAGCUUUGCGCAGGCCAGUGCGAGACCUGCGUGACUUACAGCGCUCUUGCGCAGAAGACAGAAGACAGACAACCCAGCAGGCGGGGCGAGGAGGCGGCUGCCACAUGCCACGCGCACAGCGAGGAGGCUGCUGCUCCUGGCCGCGUGCACGAUGCAGCGCGCCACGGGCAGCGCCGCGCGCACGGCGCACGGGGCCGCAUUUCGGGAAAGGCCGCGGCCCCGUUCGGCAGGCGGCGCGCACGCCUUCGCCGCACCGCCGCGCCCCGCCGUCGGAGGCGCGCGAGGGCGCAGAGUCCGUGCCCAGCCGGCUGCCCACACGUCAGGGACGCCGACGAAGGGGAGGGGUCGAAUCGGCUGUAA